AUGACUGACAUGAAGCUAGAGGAGAUAACCCACCCUCCCCUGGACCAGCUGCAUCAUAUGAAGUACUGCGUGGACUCCAACCCGUCCUGGGGUGGGGCUAUUUUGCUGGGCUUCCAGCAUUUCAUCCUUUGUUUGGGGACGGCAGUUAUGAUCCCCACCAUUCUGGUUCCCCUCAUGGGAGGAAAUGCCCAUGAUAAAGCACAGGUGGUACAGACCAUGCUUUUUGUGACUGGCAUAAAUACAAUGCUCCAAACUUUGUUUGGAACUCGCCUGCCCACCAUCAUCGGUGGGUCAUAUGCAUUCACAAUCCCGAUCAUAUCAAUAAUCAGUGACCCUUCAUUGAUGCAAAUCACUGAUGACCAUACGAGGUUUAAAAUGACCAUGAGAGCCAUACAGGGGGCCUUGAUAAUAUCCUCUUGCGUUCAGAUAAUGCUUGGCUACAGCCAAUUGUGGGGGAUAUGCUCAAGGUUCUUCAGCCCACUUGGGAUGGUUCCACUUGUUGCACUGGGGGGGCUUGGACUUUUUGAGAGAGGAUUCCCAGUGAUGGGAACAUGCGUGGAGAUUGGUCUUCCGAUGCUCAUACUGUUCGUGGCACUUUCCCAAUAUCUGAAGCAUGUACAAAUAUGCCAUUUUCGGAUAUUGGAGAGGUUCUCGGUGCUCAUCUCCAUUGCAGUUGUCUGGGCAUAUGCCCACAUCCUCACUGUGAGCGGGGCACACAAACAUGCUUCGUUGCGCACUCAGCUCAACUGCCGAACUGAUCAUGCCAACCUCAUGACAACAGCGCCAUGGAUUGGUGUUCCAUACCCACUGCAGUGGGGUGCGCCGACUUUCAGCGCAGAUCACUCAUUCGGCAUGAUGGCUGCUGUCGUGGUGUCUUUGAUAGAGUCUACCGGAGCAUUUCAGGCGGCUGCCCGGUUGGCAAGUGCGACGCCCCCACCACCAUUUGUCUUGAGCAGGGGCAUUGGAUGGCAGGGAAUUGGGCUGCUAUUCAACGGGCUAUUUGGUACUGUGAGCGGCUCUGCUGUCUCUGUGGAGAACGUCGGCCUCAUAGGAGCAACAAGGAUUGGUAGCAGAAGAGUGAUCCAGAUCUCCGCUGGUUUCAUGAUCUUCUUCUCCAUCCUAGGGCGUUUCGGAGCGCUGUUCGCCUCAAUUCCAUUCGCACUGUUUGCCGCUAUAUACUGUGUAUUGUUUGGCUAUGUUGGUGGCGUGGGGCUCUCGUUUAUGCAGUUCACCAACAUGAACUCGAUGCGCAACCUCUUCAUCAUCGGCACCUCGCUCUUCCUUGGCUUCUCCAUCCCGGAGUACUUCUCCCAGUUCACGAUGAGCUCUCACCACGGACCGGCACACACUAGAGCUGGAUGGUUCAAUGACCUCAUCAACACCAUCUUCUCCUCGCGCCCGACCGUCGGGUUCAUCAUCUCGGUGGUCCUGGAUAAUACGCUGGACGUGGAGAAGAAAGCUGAGGACAGUGGGAUGUCUUGGUGGGCGAGGUUCAGGUCGUUCGGCGGGGACAGCCGGACCCUGGAGUUCUACAAUCUGCCAUUCAACCUCGACCGGUUCUUCCCGCCAUCGUAA